AUGGCCAAAAUGGCGGCGGGGGCGGCCGCGGCGGCGCUCACACGGGAGGGCGGGGAGGACGCCUUCCGCCGGCUUUUUCGGUUCUACCGGCAGCGGGACGCGUCGGACUUGCGGGGCGUGGUGGACUUCUCCGCUCCGGGGGGGCAGGUGUUCAGAUCACAGCUCAGUAUUUCUUCAGUCAGUGAUCAAGAUGCCUACAGGGCAGGAUUACAGCCAGUUAGUCAAUGGAAAGCCUAUGGCCUCAGUGGCUAUCCAGGGUUUAUUUUCAUACCAAACCCUUUCCUUCCGGGCUGCCAGCGUCACUGGGUGAAACAGUGUCUCAAGCUGUACCCCCAGAAACCCAAUGUCUGCAACCUGGACCUGCACAUGGCUCCUGAGGAGACCACUGAUCUGUGGGGGCAGAGCAAGGAGCAGCUGAGAAGGAAAGGUUCUGGUAAAAAGGAACCCAGAAGCUUAUUGGAGAAGCUGCGCUGGGUGACCCUUGGUUACCAUUAUAAUUGGGAUACCAAGAAGUACUCAGCAAAUCACCACACUCCUUUCCCCUUAGACCUCGCAUUCUUGUCAGAACAAGUGGCUGCAGCAUGUGGGUUCCGGGGUUUUCAAGCCCAAGCUGGGAUCUUGAACUACUAUCACUUUGAUUCUUCACUGGGAAUUCACGUAGAUGAGUCUGAAUUAGACCAUUCUCAACCCCUUUUAUCAUUCAGUUUUGGGCAAUCGUCCAUAUUUUUGCUCGGGGGCCUGAAGCGGGAGGAGGCCCCAACAGCGAUGUUCAUGCACAGUGGAGACAUCAUGGUGAUGUCUGGCUUCAGCCGCCUGCUGUACCAUGCUGUGCCCCGGAUCCUCCCCAACCCUGAAGGGACAGCUUUGCCUUCAUGCCUGGACCAAGCACUUUCUUCACACCUCCUUGUUGGUUCAGUCAUUGAGCACAGCUCUGAGGAGGAUUGGCAGGUCUGUGCCAAGUACUUGCAGUCUUCCCGCAUUAAUAUGACUAUCAGGCAGGUGCUCUCUGAGGGUCAGAAAUUUCCAGAGGAAUCUGGGACAAAUACAAAGGGCCAAGCACCCUCUGAAGACAGUCACCACCAGGAGAACAGCAGAGCCAAGAGACACAAACCAAACACAGACAGCUGAGACCAGGAGAUCAUGCUGACAUGGACUGGACUGAUAACUUCUGGAGUUGGGAACUCAUGUAACCAUACUGGAAGUCACUUAUCUGUGUGGGGAUGAAGGGACUUUGCAGAGUGCACUGCUUGUUGCUGUAAGAAAGAGGUUGGGGGGGGGAACAGAAUUUAAAAGGAAAAGAGGGAUGAUUUCAGGACUGGGACUCAGGAGAUGGACUCUGUUGCAGUUCCGUUAUAAACAUGUUCUCUAAACUCAGUUCUCAUUAAAAUACCUGUAUGGCAGAGAAUUUUAAGCUUGGUUCAGUGAUGCUCACAUAGUAUUUUGAAAUCACUGGACAGAAAGUGCUAGCAAAAGAUAUAAUUGCUAUGUAUUAAAUAAAACUAUAGGGCUUGUAAACCUCAGUUGAAGUGCAUUGAUCAUUUACAAGUAUGAAUGGAAACAGGCUGCCAUAGACAUGAAACCUACUUCCAGCACUUCCAAGAGAAUCACCUCUGCAGCAAAAAAUGGUUCAAUGAUCCGAAACAGUCAGCUCCCUUGUGCAACGCCUGCUGUAAGCUUGCCGUAGUUCUGUCCUCUCCCUCUGCCUGCUUGUACCCCCUCAGCUGCUACAGAAACUGAUUUUAUUUGUGGGACUGGACUUAUGUACCUCAGAUUUUAGAGGGAAAUGAUCAGGGGCAAGAUUUACUUACACUAUCUAGUAACUCCCAGUUGGGUGUCCUCCCAGCAGUUGCUAUGUGAUUGAGCCUUACAUCCCCAUUCUUUUAGAACUGCCUCCAUUCAGUGCCUGCAGAAUAUGGUCCUGCACUCCCAAGCUGGCAUCUUUAAGGAACAGAAUGGCUUACAAGUAGAAACAAAGAAAUUGUAAAUUAAGUACCUAAAAAAGAAAUUAAUCAGUGAUUAUCUCUAUCACCCAAAAGAUAAAUAUAUAGAAACAAAGAAAAAUGCUAGCUUUUGUGCCCAUUCUGUUUAAGGCUCAGGCCUUCCUAUCUGGUUUUUAAUGCAAUUUUAAUUGUUGGAGUGGAAUACUCUGUCCCUGGGGUAUUUUGUCUCACUUUCCCAAUGAAUAAACUGAACUCUAUUUUUAAAUUAAAGAUCUCUAUCAGUUUGG